AGCAGUCCAAACAUCCCUUUGAGAUGAGAGCGAGUAUGUCUUGUUUGCUCAGAUUAUCAGUCCUUGCCUUGUUUAUUUUGAAUGUCGCAGAAAACGGUUUCUGCCAUACUUACCCUYCAGGAUACGAAAGGGAAAAGGGUCUUCUUUUUGACUUUUAUCCUGCUCAAAAGCUUACCCUUCCAAAGGGAGCGAUGAAGAAAACCAAGUAUGUUAAAGAUAACAUGGAAUGUGUGUUCGCUUGCAUGAGUGUUCAUUGGUGCCGUUCAAUCAAUUUUAAAAUCGCUCCUCGAGCUAGCGGUCUCCACGCCUGUGAGCUGGUUUCAUCAGAUCAGUUCMCUGGGAAACAGUACAUGGCUCCAAGCAAAGCGUACAACCAYUAUAGCGUGAAGAAUCCAUGUCAAGAAGCACCUUGUAGUAAUGAAGGCAACUGUACCUUCAAAGAAAACAGGCAACAUUAUAAAUGCGACUGCAAAAAGGGAUUUGAGGGCGAAAACUGUAAGAAAGACAUUGACGAGUGCUCGRCGGGYGAWAAUACUUGCAAUGYYAAUGCACAAUGCACCAACACAAUUGGAUCAUAUACAUGUCGGUGUAACCCAGGYUCUCAAGGAGAUGGACGGACAUGCUCAAAACAGGUAAUUUAA